AUGGUGAGGAUGCAAGGAGUAGAGUUGGCGAAGGUGAAUGAGUUUAAAUACUUGGGAUCAACAGUACAGAGUAAUGGGGAUUGUGGAAGAGAGAAGAAAAAGAGAGUGCAGGCAGAGUGGAAUGGGUGGAGAAGAGUGACAGGAGUAAUUUGUGACAGACGGGUAUCAGCAAGAGUGAAAGGGAAGGUCUACAAGGCGGUAGUGAGACCAGCUAUGUUAUAUGGGUUGAAGAUGAUGGCACUGACCAGAAAGCAGGAGACAGAGCUGGAGGUGGCAGAGUUAAAGAUGCUAAGAUUUGCACUGGGUGUGACAAGGAUGGACAGGAUUAGAAAUCAGUACAUAAGAAGGUCAGCUCAAGUUAGACGGUUGGGAGACAAAGUCAGAGUGGUGAGAUUGCGUUGGUUUGGACAUGUGCAGAGGAGAGAUGCUGAGUAUAUUGGGAGAAGGAUAUUAAGGAUAGAGCUGCCAGGCAAGAGGAAAAGAGGAAGGCCUAAGCGAAGGUUUAUGGAUGUGGUGAGAGAGGACAUGCAGGUGAUGGGUGUAACAGAACAAGAUGCAGAGGACAGAAAGGUAUGGAAGAAGAUGAUCCACUGUGGCAACUCCUAA